UAGCCUUUAGAACAUUAAACAUUGAUCACUAUGACAGAUCCUCAAUCUAACUUUUUUGAUGAAUGGUUCAAUUUCAUGCUCCACCACCCUAAUCAUCAUCAUCAUCAUCAUCAUCAUCAACCCUCCUCCUCCUCCACCACAAUUAAUCCUCCUUCUUCUCCUCCUCUUAGAGAAGCUCUUCCUCUCAUUAACAAGCUAAGUCUCAUAAAUCAUCAACAAAAUGAACCCUCAAACUCAAACUCAAACACCUUUAACACCACCUCAGUACAAAAUGAAUAUAAUCAUCAUCAUCAUCAUAAUCAUGUUGAUGAUGAUGGUGAUGAAAGUGUUACUGUUGCCCUACAAAUAGGGCUUCCUAGAAUGAAUACUAACUCUUCUUCUGAAUUUGGAUCAAGAAUGGUCUCAUCAGAAAUGGCUGAAAAAGAUGAAGUUAAUAUGGUUUCUGAAAACCCUUUGGAGAAAUUGAACAAGGGUCAGUAUUGGAUUCCAACUCCUUCUCAAAUUCUCAUUGGUCCUACACAAUUCUCAUGUCCUGUCUGCUCUAAAACUUUCAACAGAUACAACAAUCUUCAGAUGCAUAUGUGGGGACAUGGAUCUCAAUACAGAAAGGGACCAGAUUCUCUAAAAGGAACACAACCAACAGCAAUGUUAAGGCUUCCAUGCUACUGUUGUGCACCAGGAUGCAAGCACAACAUUGAUCACCCAAGAGCAAAGCCUCUCAAAGAUUUUAGAACACUUCAAACACAUUAUAAGAGAAAGCAUGGUAUAAAACCUUACAUGUGUAGAAAAUGCGGAAAAUCGUUUGCAGUGAAAGGUGACUGGAGAACACAUGAGAAGAAUUGCGGCAAAAUUUGGUAUUGUUUAUGUGGUUCCGAUUUUAAACAUAAAAGGUCUCUUAAGGAUCAUAUUAAAGCCUUUGGUUAUGGUCAUGGUGCUUUUGGUAUUGAUUGCUUGCAAGAAGAAGAUGAAGUGGGUUCAGAAAUUGAACAUGAUGGUGGUGGAAGCUCAAUGUGAAAAAAGAUGGAAAAAUAAAAACUGAGGUGAAUAAUUCUUACCGAUUUCACAUACAUACUAUGAAACAGCGAUACUAAUUUGAAAAAAAUAACGUAACUAUAUGUCUCGUGUCAAGCAUCGAACAUAUUUUCAUCGAACAUAUAUUAAAAAAAAUUAAUGUAACCAUAUGUACCAGUGUCAGAUAUAAAUACGUUUUUAUAUGAGAUGUAAGCAUUGUAUAAGAUAAGUUUCUUUGUG